ACACAAAUUGAAUUGAAAAUGUCGCCAACAUCGACUUUUCAAAGUUGUUUUUGUCAAUACAGACUUUUCGAAAUAUUCACUUAUUCAAACAUAUUUUUGUAUACCUGAUCUGUAUAAAUUAACUAGCUUAUAAGCCAACAGUUUAUACCUUAUUAAUUUUUUUUUAAUUUUAAAAACUUCGCUGUCUAAACUAAAGGGCUCAUUAAUCGGAAGAUUCAUCAUAUCUGAGCUGAAACCUGAGAGUCGGAAGUUUUACCCCAAUUAUGAUAGCUAUGGAACAAGCAAACAUUUUUGAGAGUUGAACAUUUUCCUCACUCAAAUGCGAUUGUGAAAUAUUUCUAUAUUUCUAAAUUAGUUUCAUCUAAUUGAGUAGCUCAAAAACCGGAAGUCUUUCGGUCCUAGAGUAUAAGCAAAGUUUCACUGAAAUGCUAAUAGAAAUAACACAAGCAGAAACAUUUGAAAAAUGAGCAGUUCGCUCUCAUAUUAGGAUAGCAGAAAUUUUUGAGUGGACGUAUGCACAGUUAAAAUUUUCAAUAACUGAAAAACAAUUUUCAAAAAUUUCCACAGUCUGAACUCAGCAGGUAGAACAUGAUACGUUUUACCACAUUUUAAUUAAUGGAAACAAUACCGUCUGCUGGCCAACAGCAUCACUCAAAUUGUGCUAAAAAUGCAAAGGCAAUUUUUAAUUAUUUCUGUUCUAGAAACUGAGCGGCGCAUAAAUCAGAAGUUCUUCAAUGUUUGAAUAUGCAUUAUGCUUUCCGUCUUACAGAAUUUAUACUCAAAUUGAUGAAAAACGAGCCAAAGAGUGAAACGAUAUCAGCUGCUUACCAGCAGGUUCACUCAAAUUGUGUUGAAAAUGAGGUGGGCUCGUAAAAGUUUAAAUGAUCACUCAGUGAAGGGCAAUUUUGAAAGUUUCUCCCUGCUUCAACUGAAUGGUUUAUAAACCGCCUGCUUCCUCGUUGCUGAGCAGGAAAUAUGCUGUUUGCUUGUAAGUAGUGUAACUCAAAUUGAGGCACAAAUGAGGAAUGCAAAAGCUUUUGAAACUUGAAAUUUUCACUCUCAAUCUGGUCGUGGAAACUGACUGGCGCAUAGACAGGAAGUUUUAUCAACUUGUACCGGGACUUUUUUGUCUGAUUUCGCAAUUUGAAACAUUUUUCGCUGUAUAAACUAAAGGGCUGGAAAAUUCCUUAUAUUUGAGCAGAAACUUGAGAACCGGAGGUUUUACUCCGAUUAUAAUAACAAAUGAAGCGUUCAAAGUUGAUCAUUUUCCUCUCUCAAAUGCAAUUGUGAAAUAUUUCUAAAUUAACUAGCUCAAAAAUCGGAAGUGUUUCGGGCUUGUCGCACAAACUAUGGUCUCUACUUUUCCUAAGAUUUAAAGAAAUUCUGGAGAAAAUAAGUCAAGCAGAAGUAUUUGAAAAUUCAGCUAUUCCCCCUCUCAGCGGCAAUUUUCACAAAUGUUUCUUGUUUCCAGCAAAAAGAGAAUUUAAAAAAUGUUUGAAAAAGUUUUUAGAUCAUCGAUCCGAACAAAUGAUUGGCCACCCCACAAAUAAAUUACCCAAAGUUUAAGUCAAAUUCUUGUCAAAUAAAGCUAGUAGGGAUUUUUGAGAGGGUGCAUGCAAAGUUUAAAUUUUCACUAACUGAAAAAUAAUUUUCAAAAAUUCCCGCUGUCUCAUCUCAGUGGCUAAAACAUGCUAUUUUUUCAGUAUAUUAAUGGAAACGAUACUCUGUGCUUGCUAACAGUUCUACUUAAACUGUGGUAAAAAUGAGUUGAGGGGAAACUUUUGAAAGCUGACCUUUUCGCACAUUUAACUGCAAUUUUCAAAUCCUCCCGUUGGAUCAACUGAGGGACGCAUAAACCGGAUGUUUUACAAUUUUUGACUAUGCGUAAACGUCUGGUUUUACGAAACUUGUAGUCAAAUUGAAGAAAAAACCACCCAAGCAGAGUUUUAAGAAAAGAAGCUUGCAAGGGUUGAAUUUGACCCCAAUCAUACGCACUUUUUAAAAAUUCCGUACUACUAAACAGAGCGGAACAAAAACCAGAAGAUUUACCAUCUUUGAGCAGGGCUAUACUUUAUACGUGUUAGCAGCUUCAUUUGCAUUGAAGGAAAAAUAAAGGUUAGCGAAGGCUUCUGCCUGUGAGCUUUCAAAGUUGAAAGACAUGCUCAAGCACAGGCAAUUUAAAAAAGUUGUAGCUUCUAAAACUAAGUGGCUUAUGAACAAGAAGUUGAGCCGUUUGCGAGUAGAAAGUACCUUCUGUACACGUCGCAAGUUUCGGUCAAAUUGAGGUAAAAAUGAGGUCUACACAGUUUUCAGUUUUUUAUCGCAUGCUUGCCAAGUUGAAAUUUCCACUCACACGAAGGCAAUUUUCAAAAAUUUCCAGUCUGAACUGAGUCCGCCGCAAACGGGUAAGAUUAACCAUCUUUUAAUGGCAACGAUAUCAUCUGCUUACCAGCCGCUUCACUCAAAUUGUGUUAAAAAUGAGGUGAGCAGAAGCCAUGACGAUUGCUUGCCUUUCAGAUGGUCCUGUUUCAUAAACUGAGUAGCGCACGAACUGGAAGUUUGUUGUGCUUCAAAUAAGUCUUACUCAUAAUGAAGGAAAAUCGGCGCAAGCAGACAUUUUUGACGAGAAGCUUGUAAGAUUAAGUUUUGACUCGCUAUAAAGUGAAAAAUUUAUUUUUUCGAUGUACAUUAUCAGCUAAAUUAACUCAUAUUUCUAGCAGUUUCCUAUGGCGAUAAUGGUUCAUCAAUCGGGACUAAAAAAAUAUUUUAUGAUCCUAUAAAAAUGCACGAUAUGCACAAAAUGACCCAGAGAAACGAAGCAUCUAUUUUUAUUGACCAAAAAAUAUGUGCUCAUUAUUUUCGAGAAAUCUACAUUUAGACAUCUAAGGAAAUAAAUGUGUCGACCAGAAUAUUAGCAAAUUAUUUCUAGAAGAAAAAUUAACUGAUGUAUCAAUGUACUAUCUAUCAUCGGAUUCAAAAAUAGUUCACAAAAGUCAAACCGGGUUUGAAAAUCUAAAUAUUUUUCGGUAGAGUGCAACACUGCAUUGGAAGACCGACCCUGUGCAAUGAAAUGACCUGCUCGCUCUCCUGAUUUUACCCCUGUCGAUUUUUCUCUUAGUUUUGGAGCUCCCUAAAGACGAAGAUGUACCUUGGGCGGAAUUAAAAAAAAACUUGAAAACUACUGCUCUUAUGUAUGCUAUUGCGUACACCCGAAACUAGGCAUCACUUCAAUUGAUAAGCAACAAUAAAAUUCCAGACACGUUCAACAAGUAGUCUCAUUAAAAGAAGCCAAUUGACGCUGGCUGGCCUCGAAGACGACCAAAACCGCAUUCCUGAAAUUAACUAUUAAAUCUAAUUAAAGCAAUUAAAAAUAAUGUAAUGCUUUGUAAUUUUGCUAAUGGAAAAUUGAUUAAAUAGAUAAUAACAUUAACAAUAUUGCUUUCGUUGCACUUUCGGUUACUGUGAAGGAAUGUUUAGAUAUCAAGUGGGAGAAAUGCCUUUCGUUCAAAUUCGCAUCGGAAGAAAAGAGUUCAGAAAAAGCGUUCGAGUGUAGCCGGUUCCGGAUAUUUUCAUUAAUUUACAACCGCCGCUUUCGUACGACCGCCCACUAAUUGCCUAUCGAACGCUAAGUUUGCCAUAAAAAAUGUCAGGAUUCCGUUUCUAAUUGAACUACUGAGCUUUCUCACCCGCAACGGUAUAAAAUCCUCAACCCAAAUCCCGGAAAACCCUGUCCGAUAACGAAAAAGGCCUCAAUUUUUCGCAUGAUCUUCCAAUGGUACCGUAAAACCGUUGCGGUCAAAACUCCUUUCGCAUCGGGCACCUCGUUUGAAGAAAGUAGAUUUACAAUAAAAUCUGCAUUAGCUAUCUCAUAACCGGUGAAAUUGCAAGCGCUAAAGGUAGUAUGGUAUAGUAAUAAGUUGCAUAAUGAGCUCCCAUGUGAAUCUAUAGGCCAAUUAAAAAUUAAAAACAUCCCUAAACAUGUGCGGAAACCGUAACAUUCGGGUGAUACUUUUGGUGGCUUGUGUGGUUUUGGUGCGGUGCCAGAAAAGGCCUAACAAUGUGUGUCCGAACUUCAGAGACUAUUUUAAUAUGGCGAACAACAGCAAUUGCUGGUAUGAUUUUGCAGCAGAGAUGACUGUGUGUGGAUGAAAUCGCCAAGUACGAUGUUCCAGCUAUGCUUCAGCUGGUCCAAUACCACUCAGGUGCUAAAGGAAAGACAGUUUAUAUUGGCCAUUCUUUAGCGUCUUCAGUAGCCAUGAUGUUUGCCUCAGAACGACCGGCUUUUGCCGAAAGCUUAGUGUCGCUCUUCAUUUUUGUAGGUCCCGCCUAUAAAAUGACCCACAUGCGUAGUCCUUACCGUAUGUUCUUUCCACUCUUCUACCCGGCCUUGGAAAUCACUGGGGCUUUGAACGUGGUCCAGAUAGUAUCCAGGGGACACUCUAGGAGAUUAACACGACCCACAUGCAUGGCGUCGCCAGUGAUUAUGAUGGGCUGUGUUGCAAUGGUCAAUAUGUUUAUUGGACCUCUUACUGAAAUUGCUCCUGAAACACUUCCAGUUUAUUUUAACCAGCUGCCCGGCGGGACUUCUUUGAAAACGUUGACUUUCCUGCGAGAGUCCACCAAAGGCAAUUUCCGGAAAUACGACUAUGGGCCUGGAAAAAAUCGGUUUCUCUACGGCAGCAAAACCCCACCGGACUAUGACAUCAGUAAAAUCACUGUGCCAAUUUUCCUCAUUUAUGCCAGAAGCGACUGGGCUACUACCAAACAGGACGCCCUGGAGCUUUACAAGCAACUGCCUCAAGCAAUCAGGGCGGGCAUUUAUGGGGUGGAAAAGCUGAACUUCAAUCAUAAUGACUUCUUUUUCGGGAGAAAUGCCGAUGAGCUGGUCAACAAGCCCUUAAUGGAGAUUAUAGACAAGUUCCUAGCGAAACGGCGAGCUGGAAACAGAACCACACCAAAUCCCCAAGAGGAACAGUGAAUAAUAAACUGUAGGCGAUUGUGUUUGUGGAACAUAUUGCUCAAUUUAAGUACGUUGAAGUUGGUUGCUGACAAGUCACGAGUGAUGUUGAUAUUAGCAUCUUUUUGGCUUUAUUUGUCCACUGUAACAAAUUGUGAAGGAAAAUAACMGCCAUUGYGCUGAUAACUGGACUGCCAUGCAAAUAAGGAUCGAUAGGYAACUUAGUUCUAGAAGGUUUUGUAUGUCAUAUUAUUSUGGAUGUUUUUAUCUAGCAAUAGUUUUUGUGAUAUAUCGCCAAUUAUUUUGUUAWUUCUAAUAAAUGCUUUMGCAAAGUA